CCACGAUAGCUCUUGAAGGCAUCUUUUGUCUCGUGUUGUUGUCUGAUGCAGCUAGCUAGCCAGCUUGAAUCGGCAAGCAAGUUUUACCUGACAAACGUCACAUUAUUUUUGAAAUUGUAACAAAGUACUUAUAACCAAAGCGCCUAAAGAAUGAGAAGAGUUACCUUAUUUGUUAACGGGACAUGUAAAAAUGGCAAGGUUGUAGCAGUGUACGGGGCCUUGUCCGACUUACUUUCCGUAGCAAGUAAUAAGUUAGGAAUUAAAGCCUCCAGUUUAUACAAUGGAAAGGGUGGUCUCAUAGAUGACAUUGCCCUUAUAAGAGAUGACGACGUGUUGUAUGUGUCAGAAGGAGAUCCAUUUAUUGACCCUCACCAUGAAGCCAGGGUUACAUCUGAUCAGCAUGGAGCACACACUGAUUGGCUGACCCUUAAUAUUGGUGGUCGUCCCUUCACAACCACCAGGAGCACCUUGGUCAGCAAAGAGCCAGAGAGUAUGCUUGCUCACAUGUUUCGAGAGAAAGAUGUGUGGGGGAACAAGCGGGACGAGCAUGGGGCUUACCUAAUCGACCGCAGCCCUGAAUACUUUGAGCCUAUUCUCAACUACUUGAGACAUGGUCAGCUCAUUAUCAAUGAAGGCAUAAAUAUACGAGGUGUCCUUGAGGAAGCUCGGUUCUUUGGAAUAGAGCAGCUUGCUGAACAACUGGAAGUGGCAAUCAAGAACUCACAGCCACCAGAGGAUCACUCUCCCAUUUCUCGCAAGGAGUUUGUUCGUUUUCUUCUGGCAACACCCACCAAAUCAGAGCUCCGCUGUCAGGGUCUUAAUUUCAGUGGCGCUGAUCUGUCCCGACUUGAUUUGCGUUACAUCAAUUUCAAGAUGGCUAAUCUCAGCCGCUGCAAUCUGACACAUGCCAACCUGUGCUGUUCCAAUCUGGAGCGAGCUGAUCUUUCUGGAGCCAACCUGGAUGGUGCUAACUUACAAGGGGUGAAGAUGCUCUGUUCCAAUGCCGAGGGAGCUUCUCUCAAAGGAUGCAAUUUUGAGGAUCCAUCAGGAUUGAAGGCCAACCUGGAAGGUGCUAACCUGAAAGGAGUUGACAUGGAAGGAAGCCAGAUGACCGGUAUCAACCUGCGUGUGGCCACUCUGAAAAAUGCAAAGCUGAAGAAUUGUAACCUGCGGGGAGCCACUUUAGCAGGGACUGAUCUCGAGAAUUGUGACCUGUCUGGCUGCGAUCUACAAGAAGCCAAUCUGAGAGGGUCCAAUGUGAAAGGAGCCAUUUUUGAAGAGAUGCUGACCCCUCUACACAUGUCACAGAGUGUCAGAUAACUCAGCACACACACCUACAAAUCCGGUGUGGGCCACAGCUGGCUUCUUUGUUGUUCUUUUCCUCCAGCCUCUCCUACAGUAUAUUCCCUACUUUUAAUCCCUCUUUACCUGCCUGCAGUACAGGUAGUUGUAUGCACAUCCCUGGCAUUCCACCUAUAUUAUGUUAGCUUUAAAUCUUGCACUAGAAUUUAUUCAGGGUUGUCUAUGUAUGUUUGUAUGGUAGGAUGUUUUCAGCUGCAUAUAUCACCAAAACAGAAUAACGUUCCUAGUGUAUGUAGAUGUGUCUGGAUGCAAUCCAAUGACUAUACUCGUUUAAUGCUUUACAUAAUUUAUAUUCACUUUAUAUUACUUGACAUGUUAAUGGGAGUCAAAAUCAUUUAUCAAUUAUCUGUGUGCAGUAAAGUUCAGAGCACUGAGCUUCACUGAAUGCUGCUGUAGCAGAAAUAGAAGCGGACACAAUAACUGUGUCGUUAUAUAUUCCUCUUUAAGUAUGUAACUUAAUUUUGCUGGAUUCAACAUAUUAUAAAGGAAGCAAUGCAAGCCAAAGCCAUAACAAUAGCACAGUCUGAAAGGCUAAAAGUGCUGUUAGUGCACCAUAAAACUAUGCGACAGGCUAGUUUUAAACACAGCUUGGGUAUGCAAUACAUGGUUUAUAGCUGUGAGGUUUCUCGUUUCCUACUUUUAAAUAUUUUGUUCUUAAAAAGCUUUCACUUGUUUUGCGUUCAGUGAAUCUACCUCUUUUUUUAAUCCGGUGUGCGAGUGAUCCACAAUUGCAUGCAUUUGACUGUGGCUCUGCUUAUUGUAAUGUAUAUGUGAUUCAUUAUUCUUCAGAUUCCCAUUAUGAGAAAAUAAUCCAACUUGGUGUGCUUUAAAAGAAAGACAUUUUCACAUUGUUCAUGUUGUCAAAGUGGGUUUGCCUGGAAACAUACUCCAUGUAUCGAUGUAUAUCACUUAAUCAUGCUUUGAACUUAUUUGCACAAGUGUAUGUUAACUUGUAACAUGUUAUACCUUUUCACCAAAAACUGUUUGGUGCUUGUAAUCAUAUGUAAAUCAAAUCCAGUGUUUCCAAAACUUCCACACACAAAAAAACUCAUUAUCAGAGUAGGCAGAUGUUGUCAGCUUUUUUGUCAAGGAUCUCACUUCAGUUCUCUACUGCACAGUGUCUGUUUGCAUGUGUGAAGAGCUAUACUCGUCUUGGACUGGUGAAGUUUCUCUAGCUGUAGCUCAAAGCUGCUCUGAUGCAAUACUAUUCACUCAGUUCAAUAGUAGGUACCUGGCCUGUGAGGAUGAAUGAUGAAGGCAUGUUGUGUAUUUCACCUUGAGCGUGAAAAUCAAUGGAAGAGUUAUGGUUAUUUAUUAUAAUACAUCUCACUGAAUGCAAUAUGGGGCAAUGGUUGGUUUGUGUUUGAGACGGGGAGUGGUGUAGGUCUCCCUAUCUAUUAUUAUUGCACUCGACCGUGGAAACAUAUUUCCACGAAUGACUGUUAUAAAUAAACUGCUAUGAAGAAGAA